AUGCUGACAGCUGCCAGACUGCGUAGAGUGUAUAGUAUGGUUGCGUCGAGUUCGGUUGAUAUAGCUGCUACCGGUGCUGGUGCCGGUGCUGGUGGGAUCCCAUUGGGCCCGGUUUCAAGAGUGUACGGUCCGGAGACCAAGAAUUUCUAUUCGGGCAACCCGUUGAAUCGGAUCAGUUUUGCUCGGGACGACUACGAGUUUCUUGACAGGGCUCUUAAACACAAGGGGACUCGGUUCCUGACGCUGCGCGAUUUAGACGUAUCGACCCGCAAGCUCAGACCCGAGCAGAUUGUUUCAGCGGGCUCGGGUCAUCAGAUCAAAUCGGAGCUCGCGUACUUGGGUUAUGAGGACGUGAAAAAUAUCGUUGGCGACCCGUUUUCGAAACCUGAGAAAGACCAGAUCAAGGCUUGGUCGUCCAAACGAGACGCUAUUGGUAUUGGCCGUGUGGCCACGGUGUUCUUGGGAAUCGACGAAUCGGCUCCUGAAGCUACUCAUGUUAAUUAUAAACAUUUCCGGGGCCAGGCGUACUUUGCAGUCGAUGUCACUCCAGAGAGAGUCACCGACUCGGGUCUGAAAAGCUCGGUUGAACAACUUCUGGAAUCGAAAUAUACAUCCAGUGUAUCAACUACUGGUGCUGAGAGGUCGGAGGAGAUCGAUUAUGAGAAAGCUGAGCAUCGCAAUUUACGGUUUGGGCCUCGGUUAUCGACCGAAUCAUAUGCUUUAUAUGCUCAAGCAAGAAUGUAUAUCGAUUGGAACAACCGCAACAAGUUCUGUGGCGGGUGUGGCAGUCGUAAUAUGAGUGUCAAUGGCGGUACUAAACUUGUAUGUCCGAGUCAUGACGACGGAGUCGAGCUGCCGUUUUGCGAGACUCGUGGUGUAGUGACUAACCUGUCGUUUCCUCGUACUGAUACCUCGAUUAUUGUUGCUGUAGUCAACCGAUCGAACGACCGUAUUUUGCUGGGAUGCGGAAGACGAUUUCCUAAGGGAUUCUAUUCAUGUUUAGCCGGUUUUCUUGAGCCUGCCGAGUCUAUUGAAGACUGUGUUCGUCGGGAAGUGUAUGAAGAAUCGGGCGUUACUGUAGGCCGAGUUCAUGUCCAUUCGACCCAACCAUGGCCCUAUCCUGCUAAUAUCAUGGUGGGAUGUAUUGCCGAGGUCGCUGACGACACCCCUGAAGCGUCUAAAAUCCAUUUGGGCCACGACCCUGAACUACUCGACGCUCAAUGGUUCACUUUCGACGAGGUCCGUAAGGCCGUUCACCGGUCUAAACAGCCCGGCUACCGUUUUGGCGCCACUAACGACUACCCUCUCAAUGUACCUGGUCCCGAGGCCAUUGCCAACAUACUCAUCGACGCUGUCGUGUCCACCUCGUCGUCUCUGUCCAAGAUAUAA